UGGUCGGGAGAACGAAACACGACACUCCUCUACAGAGAGAGGGGGGCUGACGGGGAGAGAGAGAGAGAGAACGAGCCUACGGAGUGAGUGGAAAAAGAAAAGUCUGUAAAAAGAGAGGGAGAAACUACCUCAGAGAGCGAGCUUUUUCCUGUUCGAGCGUGCCAUGUUAUGACUGUGGAAAUGACGUCUGAGUGUUGAAUAUGCAACAUUGUAUCAAGACUAAACUGAUUAACAGUUAUAAUUUACUUCGAAUUCGUCGUUCGGAUUUUUGUAGAAUUCCUGUUCAUCGGCACGUUGGACGCGGAAUCGCUGGCCUCCAACUUUGCAGUAGUGAGAUUGCUGCGAGCGAGGGGGAAAGUAAUCGUCUCAAAGACUCGGAAAGAAACUAGAGAACGACUAGUUGAAAACAAACGGGGAGCUGUAGGGGGGCAGAAUAACUCCAAGGACUGAACUGUGGACAUCGAUCGAACAACGAAACGGAGCGAGAGAUCAGCCACGGGAGAAAAGUUUAAAGAGGAGUUUUGCGGUUCUCGCCGACACGAGAGGGAGGGUGGCCGACUUCACCCGAAAAAUUUGUUCUCAGUGCAAGUCAGUGAACGAAGCACACUCAAAAUGAAAACCCCGGGGGACACGGGGUUCGCCUUCCCAGACUGGGCCUAUAAGCCGGAGUCUAGCCCCGGCUCGCGGCAGAUCCAGCUCUGGCACUUCAUCCUGGAGCUGCUGCGCAAGGAGGAGUACCAGGACGUCAUCGCCUGGCAGGUAGGGACUCAGGGUGACUAUGGUGAGUUCGUCAUUAAGGACCCAGACGAGGUGGCCCGGCUGUGGGGAGCCCGCAAGUGCAAACCCCAGAUGAACUAUGACAAGCUCAGCCGCGCCCUCAGAUACUACUACAACAAGAGGAUCCUUCACAAGACCAAAGGGAAGCGAUUCACCUACAAGUUCAACUUCAACAAGUUGGUCCUGGUCAACUACCCCUUCAUUGACAUGGGCUCAGGGAGCGGAGUGCCCCAGAGCGCACCCCCGGUGCCGUCCGGCGUGGGCACCCACUUCCGCUUCCCCCCUUCCACGCCCUCAGAGGUGCUGUCCCCCAGCGAGGACCUGCGCAGCCCGGGCGUCUUCAGCGCCGUGGGCCGCCGCAUGGCCCGGGGCUCCGUGUCCGACUGCAGCGACGGCACCUCCGUCACCUCCGAGCUGGAGGAGGGCGGCGGAGGAGGCGCCGGGGAGGAGAGAGGAGGCGGCGGCGGCGAGAGGGCCUUCCGCAGCCUGCUGCACCCGCGCCUCUCCCACGACUCCCUGUUCCGCGUCUACGGGCAUCCACCCACCCGCCCGGGGCCGCCCACGCACGGCCCGCCGCCCCCGCACGCGCGCGGCCACCCCGAGCCGCUCUCCCCCUUCCCGGUGUCCCCGCUGCCGGGGCCCGGCGGCCUGCUGGGGCCCACCCUGUCCCCGGCGCUGUCCAUGACGCCCAGCUCCCACCUGGCCUACACGCCCUCGCCCUCCCUGUCGCCCAUGCUGGGCAGCCACUUCUCCUUCAACCCGGAGGACAUGAAGCGCUACCUGCAGGCACACACGCAGAGCGUCUACAACUACCACCUGAGCCCGCGCGCCUUCCUGCACUACCCCAACAUCGUCAUCCCGCAGCCGCAGAGGCCGAGCGAGGCCAAGCCGCCCCUGGCGCCGCCCUCGGUGUCGGCGCACGCCGCCCACGCCCACGCGGCCGCCGCCCACGCCCACGCAGCCCACGCCGCCGCCGCCGCCCACCUGCACGCCACGCACGCCGCUCACGCGCAGCAGCAACACGCGGCCCCGCCCCCCGCCGACGAGCCGCGCCUCUCGCCCUUCCAGUUCAAGCUGCAGCCGCCGCCGCCGGGCCGCAAGCAGAGGGAGGGCAGCAGCUCCAGCUCCACCUCCUCUCUCGCCGCCUCCUCUCUCGGCACCGCGCCCAACUCCUCCAGCAACUCAGGACCCCACGGACACCCGGGAGGAACACCCAAAAUCAAGGUGGAGCCGAUAUCCGACAUCGAGUCGGAGGAAGAGGUGGAGGUGACCGACAUCAGCGAGGAGGACGAGGGCGACGUUUUCGCCCCUCCUCCCCCCCACCACCUCCCCCAUCACCUCUCCCAUCACCUCUCCCUGCCCCACCACCACCAGCACCACCUCCAUCAGCACCACCACCACACCAACGGCCUGGCGCCGCUCACCCUGGCACCCCCGCCCCAGCACCACCCGCGGCCCCGCAAGCCCUCCGACGACGGCGGCAUCGUGGCUGACGAGGAGCUGGAGGAGGAGGUCUUCAAGACCCCCGCCGCUCCCCCCCACAACAACAACAACAACAACACCACCCCCUCCUCUACCGGCUCUGGUUCUGGAGCUCCAGGAGGGCUGCUGGGCCUGAAGAGCGAGCCCAAGGAGGUGGGCCUGGGCCUGGGGCCAGCCAGCCCCGGCGGCACCCGCUGCAUCCCCCUCAAGCUGCGCUUCAAGCGGCGCUGGAGCGAGGACCAGAAGCUGGAGGCCGGCGGCGACGAGGCCGACGACAAGAAGGUGCGCGCCGCCACGGCCGACGAGGACGACGACGAAGACGCCCCGCCCCGGUCCGACGGAGGAUUCCGGAGGGCUGCUGAGAACGGGGAGCGGCGUAGCCCCCUCUCACCCCUGGUGCUGCCCCCACCACCGGCCCCCGCCCAGCGCAGGGUGAGCUCGGAGCUGCAGAGGGCCACCGCACAGCUGUCCCUGGAGAACAACGGCUGCUGAUCAGGACUUAAAGACACAAUUUUAAACACACAUACACACACACACACACACACACACACUCUCACUCUCACUCUCACUCUCUCUCUCUCUCUCUCUCUCUCUCUCUCUCUCUCUCUCUCUCUCUCUCUCUCUCUCUCUCU